AUGCGCUGCCCGCGGCCCCUGCGCGCGGACGCGGGCCUUCUGCUGGCCGUGGGCGCCCUGGCGCUCCUGGUGCUGCUGGGCCUGCACGUGGCGCCGCCAGGCUGCCCGGCCGCGGAGCCGCCGCGCGCCCCCCGCGAGGCGCCCACGCGGCCCACGGCGGCCUCGCCCCCGCGCCCGGCGCCCUGCGUGGCCAACGCGUCGGUGGCGGCGCACCCCGAGUUCAAGGCGCAGCCGGCGCACGUGCGCGACUUCCUGCUCUACCGGCACUGCCGCGCCUUCCCGCUGCUGCAGGACGCCCCGCGCGACAAGUGCGCCGGGCCCGUGUUCCUGCUGCUCGCCAUCAAGUCCUCGCCCGGCAACUACGAGCGCCGCGAGCUCGUCCGCCGCACCUGGGGCCGCGAGCGGCGCGUGCGGGGCGCGCAGCUGCGCCGCCUCUUCCUCGUGGGCACGGCGGCCAGCGCGCACGAGGCCCGCAAGGUGAACCGGCUGCUGGCGCUGGAGGCGGAGGCGCACGGCGACAUCCUGCAGUGGGCCUUCCACGACUCCUUCUUCAACCUCACGCUCAAGCAGGUGCUGUUCCUGGAGUGGCAGGGCCGAAGGUGCGCGGACGCCAGCUUCGUGCUGAACGGCGACGACGAUGUGUUUGCCCACACGGACAACAUGGUGGCCUACCUGCAGAGCCAGGACCCCGGCCACCACCUCUUCGUGGGCCACCUCAUCCGGAACGUGGGCCCCAUCCGCGCGCCCUGGAGCAAGUACUUCGUGCCCAGGCUGGUGAUGGCGCAGGAGCGCUACCCGCCCUACUGCGGCGGCGGCGGCUUCCUGCUCUCGCGCUUCACGGCCACCGCGCUGCGCCGCGCCGCGCCCACGCUCGACCUCUUCCCCAUCGAUGAUGUCUUCCUGGGCAUGUGCCUGCAGCGCGCCGGCCUCGAGCCCGCCUCGCACAGCGGCGUGCGCACGGGCGGCCUGCGCGCGCCCUCCGCCGCCCACUCCUCCUUCGACCCCUGCUUCUACCGGGAGCUGCUGCUCGUGCAUCGCUUCCUGCCCUACGAGCUCCUGCUCAUGUGGGAGGCGCUCAACCAGCCUGACCUGGCCUGCGGCCGCCGGGCCCGCAUCUACUGAGCGCCCUGCCCCGCCGGGGCGUGCGUGGAGCCCGCCCCCGAACCCCGGGACGCUCAGACCCUCGUCCUCCCCCACCACCACCAGGGGCUCAGGGCGCGGGGCCGGGCCGGGGAGGGGUGGAUAACAUGGAGUAAGCGGUUGGUGAACUCCUAGGCAUCCCGCAAACCCCCUCUGGUCCUGCCCAGACCCCCGCCCCUAGGCUCCCGGCGGCUGGGAUCCACGCUAUGAAGCCUCCGACGUGUCAGGGCCGAGUGCCUUUGCCAGCCUUGUCCCCAGGCGGCGGGCAGCGCCUGAGUUCACCCAGGACUCUUCGUCUCAGGUGCCGCUGGGAGACAAGGUUCCCGGGCCAGGGAUUGAGGGGCCCCUGUUAGCACCGCGGGGGCCCCUGGGAUGUGGUGGGAGGGGCCUAGCCCUGCGCUGGCCCCCCGCAUCUGUGGGAGCUCAGAGCUUUGAGUGUCCCCUGUGGAAGACUUGCUCCCCACCCUCGGGCGCCCAAAGAACGCAGGGAACGGCCUGGGCACUGGGGGGGUGGGAGAGCCCAGGUCAGCGCGUGCAGGCGCCUAGGGAGGCGGGCGCGGGGCCCGGCCUUGGGCAGGUGUUCGGACUGCGGCUGGGCGGCGGAUCCUCAGGGAAUUAAAUGUUU